AUGAAGGCCUAUUGGUAUGAUAAUCUGGCUGGCGACCAGCGUCUAGCGCACGACUCGGGCAAAGAGGUUACGGUCGAACAGCUGAAGAAGCUUGGCGUUUACUACCAUCAGAUCCCCAACAUUGAUGGCGUCAACAAACUCGCGUCGGACCGAGGAUAUAGGAACAGGGAUGAGAUUAUUGUUUCGCCAGAGAAGAUGGGUGAUGUCUACGAAGAGAAAGUCAAGUCCUUCUUCCAUGAGCACCUACACGAGGACGAGGAAAUCCGCUAUGUUCGUGACGGUCACGGGUUCUUUGACGUGAGGAGUGCGGACGAUCAAUGGGUCCGAAUUCGUGUCGAGAAGGACGAUCUUAUCAUCCUUCCUGCAGGCAUCUACCACCGAUUUACCACUGACGACUCCAAUUAUAUCAAGGCAAUGAGGCUUUUCAAGGAUGAACCCAAGUGGACACCUUUGAAUCGCACAUCAGACCUUGAUGUGAACCCGCACAGGGAAGAGUAUGUCCAGCAAUAUCUUCAAAACAGUUUGCCGGCAUAG